AUGAUACCUACUGAUGAUAGUUUUAUAAGUGAUGAUGAAGAAGAAUAUUGUCCAUUAUGUGUGGAAGAAAUGGAUAUAUCAGAUAAAAAUUUCAAACCUUGUCCUUGUGGUUAUCAAAUUUGUCAAUUUUGUUAUAAUAAUAUUCGACAAAAUCCGGAAUUAAAUGGUCGUUGUCCUGGUUGUAGACGUCUUUAUGAUGAUGAAAGUGUUGAAUAUAAAACUAUAAGUGCUGAAGAAUAUAAAUUAUUACAAUUAAAGAAGGAAAAACGUGAAAGAGAGAAGAAACAACGUGAAAAGGAAAAGAAAGAACUGGAUAUGGCUAAUAAAAAACAUUUAGCUGGUUUAAGAGUAGUUCAAAAAAAUUUAGUUUAUGUGACUGGUUUAAAUCCUCCUUGUAAUCCUGAAGAUUUACAUUCAAUUUUAAGAUCUGAUAAAUAUUUUGGUCAAUAUGGUAAAAUUUCAAAAAUUGUUGUAAAUAAAAAGACUCCAAAUCCUACAAUAACUUCAACCCAUCAUCAAAAUUCUGGUUUAGUAGUUUAUGUAACAUUUGCUAGAAAAGAGGAUGCAUUGAAAUGUAUAACUGAAUUAGAUGGUUCUUUAUGUGAUGGUAGAGUUUUACGAGCUGCGCAUGGUACAACUAAAUAUUGUUCAUCAUAUUUAAGAGGUCAUCCAUGUCCAAAUCCUAAUUGUAUGUUUUUACAUGAGCCAGGUGAAGAAGCUGAUUCAUUCACAAGAAAAGAUUUAUCAACUCAACAAGGUAUUAAGAUGGGUAUGACUUCAAGACCACAUACAAGUGUUUUUGGAGAAGAAUCUUCACGUCCUGUAAUGAAUUCUAUUCAUGAUGAUGAUGAUGAUCAUGGUGAUCAUAAAGAGCAUUUACCAGCAACUGCUCAUUGGGCUGCCGCAGCUGGUACAACAUCUGGAAAUAACUCACCAUCUGUUAAUAAUAACAUACCAUUAGCUAAUAGUGCCGCUUUUCCAACAUUGGGAGAAAUUGCAAAUUCUCAAAAACAAGUUCAUGUAAAAUGCAAUAAACCAAGGAUUACAAAAUCUACAAAAACAUUUGUUAAUAAUAAUUCCAUUGGUCCAGAUGAUUUAGAAUAUGAUGAAAAUAAUUUAAUUAUACAAUUUAGUGAAAAAAUUGCUGAUCAAUUAAGAAAUAUGGAUGAUAUAAAAGAUACUAAAUUUAAACAAUUUAAUGGGAAAAUAUUACCAUUAUUUUCAUUUAAAGGUAAAUUUCAAAAUGAAACAAAUUUAGAAGAUGAAAAGCUAAUUGCCCGUCAAGUUAUAGAAAGAUUUUUAUUAAGACCUAUUAAAAAUUAUCAUUUGGCUUAUCAAAAUCAUCCAAUUACUCAACAACAAUCUAUGAUGCAACGUCAACAACAAUCACAACCUACUCCUAAUUUACCAGAAGCUCAAUUGAGAACUACAAAUGAUGAACAACAAAAACAAGCUCAACAACAACUUUUAUUAUUACAAUUACAGCAACAACAGCAAUUACAACAACAACAACAACAACAACAACAACAACAAAUGUUACAACAAAUUCCACAACAGGUCAAUAUCCUAAAAGCUAAUGAUCGUAUAAACUCCUCAACUCCACCACCUCCUGGUUUGUUUGUUGGUAAAACUCCAAUGGCAAAUCAAGCUCAGAUGACAAAUGAAGUCCCACCAACGUAUGCGCCUUCAGCUCAAUCAUCAAGUUCACAAUUAUUAACUCAAUUAAUGAGUGGUAAAAGAUAG